GACCGCGAAAAAAAAAACCGCGCGGCAGCCAGAUUUGAAUAUACACAAGAGGCCGAGGCAGCGAAGCGCACAGAUCACUUGUUUGACUUGGUGGCUGCUGUUGGUCCCAUUCACACUCCGGAAUCCGUGCGGUUCACCAACUUCCGCGGGAACACGGAAAGUCGAGAACCGAAACCCAGUUCAGACCAAAAAAAAACGUUGGACAGUGGCAAUCCACUCAAUUUUGGAUGGUUUUCGGACAUUUGAACCAUAGCGAAAGGUGAAAAGGCUGCUAAUUUGAUGGCUAUUGAGUUUAAUUGAAAAGUGGGAGAGGUAUACAAUAGAAGCAUAAAGUGGACAGUGGGGUCAGUGAUUUGAAUAGAUUUUGGGACAGCGGUAGCUGACGAUACUGGUACAGCUUAAAGGAUACGUUGUGGACAGAGUUCAGUGUUCAAAGUGCGUUAGUGCCAAACAGUUGCAAAGAUGCAUCAAUCCAGAAGGUGCUCGACAUCCACGCUAGUGUCAUUUGGCUGUUGCAUACUCUUGUUAGUGCAAGCCAUCGUUAUAGUGCACAGUCAUGCCCUUCCGGAAGUUAGUGAUCCAAAUUAUGGAACUGAUAGUGCAUUGCAACUGGUGGAACCUCCUGCCCUGGACCAGCAGCGAUCCAGUGAUAGUGUGUCCGGUGUUCAACAGCCGCCAAAUGCCCGAUCUGAGUACGCUCAGACUCGACAGAUGGAUUUGUCGCAGUCGGUUGUCAGUGAAGUCGGUAUGAACAAGCGGUGGAAAUUACAAAAAAUCACACCUCCGAGGCGGAGUCGCAUCAAUAAUCGGUCGUUGACUGCGCUCAACGAGUUGGAUAGUGGAGUAUACAGCGAGGGUCACCAGUUGGAUGAUCAACCACACCAGCACUAUCAACACCAGGUGGUUCCGCGGCAAUGGAAUACGGCCCUACAGGUUCACCGGAGAUCUGACACCGACGGAACCGUUUAUGCAGAUGAGGCGAGAAUGCUGGAAGAAGCUCGUGCCAAAAAACAGAAGAAAAAGAAGAAGCAAGAGGAUGACUUCUCGCUGGAGCAGAUGUUGCAGGAAGAGAUUGAAGCAUCGCUCGAGGGCCUGAACGAUGAAGACGAUUACGACGUUGAUGACGUCAAUCCGGAAGCCCGAAAGAAGAAGCUUCACCUGAAGCACAAGUACAAAAAGUUCCUGCUGCCGCUGCUGUUGGCCUACAAGCUCAAGUUCAUGAUGAUGUUCCCGGCCAUAGUGGGAGGGCUGGCACUGCUGGUCAAGGCUGCCGGCUUGGCCGGAUUCUUCUUCGCCCUGUUCGCGUCGGUUGUGAGCUUGCAGAAAUCCCACUAGCGCGGAAGCGGGGCUGCGAUGGAACUCGAGUCAAACCGAGAAUGGAUGCGGAUCGAGUGAAUGAAUGAUGGAAUGCGAAGUGCGAUCGGUUGUUUGUUUUGAGAAGUGCUUUUUUAUUUCAUUGAUGGAGAUGGACGAAAGCGAAAUGUCUAAUCGUGUCGCGCAUGCACGCGUGAAGUUAGUGAGAGCAGCAACUUUAAGUUCCGAAAAAAGCAAGAGUUGAAUUGCAACAAAUCAAUGACGAAAAGAUGAUGAGAACCAGUGGGCGUGAAAUUGAGCCAACUUUUAUUAGUUUGUCCGGGAUCAGGAGUGAGCGCGAAGCAAAUAGCGGAAUGCGGAGAUCAUCGGAACGGAAAAUAUUCCUAACGAGUUCGGUACUGCUUGCCGUUUUUUGAUUCCACUGUUAUGAGUUUCAUUGUUUAUGAUUGUCUAGAACUAUUAAGUUAUCGAAAAUGUGAAUGUGUGAAAGAACACCAAGGGAACGAUUUCUAGUUCAAAUUAAUUCUUAGUGACAGGAGAAAUCGUUUCUCAAGUGUUAGACCAUAGGAACGUGUUCUACUGUAAGAUAUUUAUUGUCUGUGCUAUUCAAAGAUGUCGAACUAAACGAUGACCAUAUAAAUGUAGAUAAUUUAUUACUUUUA